GACGACCAAGUCCCCCUUGGAGUUGCAUUGCACACAUACAUACGUAGAGAGAUCAAAAAACCUAAUCGCGCAGAGUAAAAGCAAAAAAGAAGAAGAAGAAAUCAGAGAGAAUGUCGUGGCAAGCAUACGUUGAUGAGCAUUUGAUGUGCGAUGUCGGCGACGGCCAAGGUCACCACCUAACCGCCGCCGCUAUCAUCGGCCAUGACGGUAGCGUUUGGGCUCAGAGCGCUAAUUUUCCUCAGUUCAAACCUCAAGAGAUCACAGACAUUAUGAAGGAUUUCGAUGAGCCGGGGCAUCUCGCUCCCACGGGCUUGUUCCUCGCAGGGCUAAAGUAUAUGGUAAUCCAAGGCGAGCCUAAUGCUGUCAUCCGUGGCAAGAAGGGAGCUGGAGGGAUCACGAUCAAGAAAACAGGACAAUCAAUGGUGUUUGGUUUGUACGAAGAGCCAGUGACUCCAGGACAAUGCAACAUGGUUGUCGAGAGGUUGGGUGAUUACUUGAUCGAACAGGGUCUUUAAACCAUCUACAAUGCUUUACAUCUCUUUUUCUAAUUCAUAAAACCAUUGUCUCUCU